GAAUCAUGAGAGAUGAAAUUGCAACAACAGUUUUUUUUGUCACAAGAUUGGUGAAAAAACAUGAUAAACUGAAUAAACAGCAAAUAGAAGACUUUGCAGAAAAGCUGAUGACAAUCCUGUUUGAAACAUACAGAAGUCACUGGCACUCUGAUUGCCCUUCCAAAGGGCAAGCCUUCAGAUGUAUCAGGAUAAACAACAAUCAUAAUAAAGAUCCCAUUCUGGAAAAGGCUUGUGCUGAGAGUAAUGUGGAUUUUUCUCAACUGGGACUUCCGAAGGAGAUGACCAUAUGGGUAGAUCCCUUUGAAGUGUGCUGUAGGUAUGGUGAGAAAAACCAUCCGUUUACAAUUGCUUCUUUUAGAGGCAGAUGGGAGGAAUGGGAACUGUAUCAACAAAUCAGUUAUGCUGUUAAUAGAGCCUCAUUAGACUACUCCUCUGGCACUUCCUCCGAUGAAGAAAGUCAUAGCAAGGAGCCUCGAAUCAUUCCUAAAGUCAGCAAUCCGAAGAGUAUUUAUCAGGUCGAAAACUUGAAACAGCCCUUUCAAUCUUGGUUCCAAAUUCCCCGAAAAAACAAUGUGGCAGAUGUCCGUGUGGGCCUCCUGGGAAACACUUACCACGCUGCGCACAAGCACCCAAAGUGUCAAAGGCCUGCUGUGCGCCAGGUGGACAGAAUUUUAUAACCCGCCUCUGGGAAUGAAUUUGCAGCACCUGAUAGAAGAAGGAGCCUUGGAAGGCAUUGCCUGAGGCUUCCGUGGCAGGAAGACGGGAAGCGAUCUGCAGGGUGAUUUCUGGAGCCUGAAGAGAGUGAAAAACAAA